GAGCCCAAGCCACCGGCGAGUGAGGCGCCGAUCAGAAAACGACCCGACUACGCCGGCCGGAAAGUUGUCGAGAUCGAGGAGAAAUGGACCUACACGUCACCAGCCCUGACUGAAAAGACUUCAAUGGAAGGAGUGGGAGAGGCUGCUUUGACAUCGCUAACUGCGUUGAGUCAGCAGCGGCAGCUGAAAUGGAAAGUACGAGCAAGGCCUGGCAUUUCAGCUUACGGUUCCCUUCAAUUAGACUUUCGCUAUCCACAGCAAAGUGUAGUAGACCGCAGUAGUCCGCCAAUUUACAUUGCAAGCGUUGCUUACUUGAUUACAGCCGGGCCAGCCAGCAUGAAACCGGGGUGA